AUGGUACAUACGCAGCUUGCUGAUACGGACGAUGCGGACAAAUUGAGAGACGCAGAUGAUAUUCUUGACGAAUAUUAUGCUGCGAAUGUACCUUUUGAUCGGUCACUAUUCCCACUCUUCAAAGAAUGCCUACGUACAAAGCCAAUCAGCUAUUUGUUUGAAGGAUAUCUGGCACAUUUGUUCGAGUUUAAAGUCCAAAGUCAGACCUUUUUGAUAUCCAAUAUCCCAGAAGUAGAUGCGCUCAUGUCACCUAUGCAAACGAAAGAAUUGAAGCAACUUUGGGUAAAAGAUAUUCGAAAAUGGUUUAAUUCCGGGGAGUUGGUAAAUGGCGAAUUUAGAAGACAGAUUACAGAGUUUAUUACUCUUUAUGAUUCAACGCGUAACAGUUUUUAUGAAUAA